GUUGAUGUCGUCGUUCCAGGUCCACAAUUAUUAUGACUCGUGUGCCGAUGUUCACCCACAAGCGGCUAUCCAUCCCACCUUCGGACAAGACGCGACCUAUUAAACGCGACUUGGCUCCAUACUCGGCCUCCAAUUGGGCGGCGUGCUCAUGAUUCGCCCAGGGAAUGCGUUUGGCUUGCCCGGGACUCCGCGAACCUACUGCUACCAUCUUUGUAAUGGGAUUUUGCCCCGCUUGGACAACAUGGCUAAUUGCAAGGGCGCUGUGGUGGUACUCGAAGGGACAUAUAAGAUGCUGGACCGGUCCUCGAAUUUACCCGCAGUCCUUUAGCCUCGUUCACAAUCAAUACUUUGCUAGACGAAUUAGUCUGACCUUGCGUCAACCCGAAUACAUUGUUGGAAUCAGACAGCAUCAUGACUUCACAGACUGGGCUUCGCCGUCGAGACUGGGCCGACGGCCAUGGCAUGCAAAAAGUUCUAGAAGCCAAGAAAGAAGUUGGACAGACACCAAAGCCAAUCGCGCACCCUCCCAAGGAUGCAGCACUGGUAAAGGAGACCUGCGAUUCAUUCACGUUCGAGUCGUUCACAGAGGACGACGCAUGGGAACUCGGUCACCUGCUGUAUGCGCGGCUGCUACCACUCGCGCCGCAGCAGUCUACGUUGAUCUCCAUCUCGCUAGCCAGCAGCGGACAGGUGCUGUUCCAAACCGUGUGCGGGCCCAAUGCAACGAAAGACAACGAGAACUGGGUCGCGCGGAAGCGCAACACCGUCAUGCGUUGGGCCGGCAGCAGUUGGUACUGGCACUGCAUCUGGAAUGGCGAUGAGAGCAAGUUCCGUAAUCUGUUCAGCAUGAGCGUGGAGGAAUCGAGCAAGUACGCUAUCCACGGGGGCGGUGUGCCCAUUCGAGUCCGUGGUGUUGCUGGUAUUGUAGCGGUAGUUUGUGUUUCUGGGCUCCAGCAAGAGGAGGAUCACGGGGUUAUUGUGGAGGUUAUCAAUGAUAACUGGCAUUGAGUUUGCACAAUCAAAGCGAGUAUCGUCGAAUCCAA